CUCCCGGCAUGAUCACCUAUUUGCGUCUGCUUCUGAGACAGUACAGAAUUUUUUGUUAUUUUUACAAGUGAAAAAAAAAAAAUCUCUGAGCCAACUAAUUUCCUUUUCUUACGGGAAAAAGAUAUCUUUGAAUUAAGGAUGCGGAUGGCUGGUUCUCUUGAUGCCUUCUAACUUGUGUGACUAUGUACUAAUGUCGUCUGCACAAUGUGAGAGAGCAUUACAUGAUGCAGCUGCACAAAGUUGAUGGCAAAGAGGUUUGCUGUAUCUGACUUUGAGUUUCUGUUGUACCACAACCUGGAUUAAUAAGCAGUGCAUGGUGGCCACAGAGGAGGAGAGACUGGUAAAGAAUUAACUGUUUCAUCUUUGAGGAACAAGAACUGUUUGAAAAAUUUGGAGUGGACAAGGAGAUUAUAAGGACUUUGUUGAACUUGCAUGGUCCACAAACUGGAACUGAGAUUUGGUGACAUCUGUUGAAAACUGUGUUGUGCAAUGGAAGUGUUGCGCCCACCUAUAAUUAACAUUGAAGGCCGGCUGUAUAGAACUAAUAUAGUCAAAGAGCAGUCUUAUCAAAAUGAAGAAGAUGAUGAGGAGGAUUUUUCAUACACUGGUGCUGUGGACUGUGGGGAUGAACCAUGUGACACAUUCAUAGUGGAGCAGACUGAGAAUGGUUUUCGUUGUGCCAUGGAAGUACCCAGUGUGUUAUACAAGUAUAUCAUUGGUAAGAAAGGAGAGACUCGGAGAAAAAUAGAGAAUGAGACAAGGACCUCACUUAACAUUCCAAAGCCUGGAGUGGAAGGAGAAAUAGUUAUUACAGGUCAGCAGAGGAGUGGUGUUAUUUCUGCCAGAACGAGGAUUGAGGUUCUAAUGGAGAGCUUCCGCAAGAAGCAACCCUUUUCCCACUUCUUGUCUUUUGCCCUGAACCAGUCAGAGAUUCAGGAGCGAUUUUUGAAGUUUAAAGAGGAAGUAGAAGAAAAACACACUCAGGAACAAGGGGUUGAUGGAAGUAUUUUCCAAAAUCCUGCAAAGCUUCACCUGACUAUUGGGACACUGGUGCUCUUGAAUGAAAAGGAGGUUACACAAGCCUGUGAACUUUUGCAGCAGUGCAAGAAGGAAUUUAUUGAUGCUAUAACAGGAGGAAAAGGGAUCCCUGUAGAAGUGGCAGGAAUUGAAUACAUGAAUGACGAUCCAGCUAUGGUGGAUGUACUAUAUGCCAAAAUCCAUGUUAAAGAUGGUUCAGAUAAGUUGCAAGUUGUGGCAGAUCAGCUGCUGGAACGAUUUGCAAGUUCUGGACUAAUGGUGAAGGACUGGGACCGUGUGAAGCUCCAUGCCACCAUCAUGAAUACCCUUUUUAGGAAGGACCCUUCAGCUGAAGGAAGAACUAUUUCUACCAACUGGAAGCAGGCUCCGAGGGAGCGCGAAUCAUUUGACGCCCGUAAUAUACUAAAA